AUGGCGGCGGGGGCGCGCCCCGCGCGCGCGGGGGCUGACGGGAGGCGGGUUCGAACGCGGCGGCGGCGGCCAUGGCGGCCAUGGCGGGUGGAGUCUGCGGAGGACGGGGCGGCGCGGACCCUGCCCAGCCUCGGGCGCCUCUCCCGGGGCCUGCCCUUCGGACGGGCCUACGGUCGCCUCGGCAACAGCCCCAGCGGCCGCCUCAUCCUGCCGGCGCCGCUCUCACAGGAAAGCGGGGAUCCGCAGAGAACAGCGCUCCUCCUGCGCAAAGCCUGGACGCUGUACAGCGUGACCCCCCUGUACCGCUUCUGCCGCGGCCGCCUCAGGGACUACGCGCGGCUACUGGGCGCCUUCAUCGCCGCCGAGAGGCAGAAGGGGCUGGCGGUGGAGGUGGGCGUCGAGCUGGACAUCAAAGUGGCUCUGUCCAGCCUGCCCGAGCUCCAGGGCAGCGAGCAGGACCAGCCUGCCGUCCUUGUGCAGCUUUCUUCAAGGUCACGAGCUUCCCCCAAAAACUCAGAAGACAAGAUCCUGUGGUCGGGCUGUUUCUGCUGCGUGUAUGGAGAUGAUCUUUCCGAGAACAUGCCAGAGGACUUCACCUGUUUACCUCUGUUCCUGGCGAACGGGGCGGAGAGUUACAUGUCUGUUGUUGGAAACUGGUUCCAGAAGACUUUUGACUGCAUCUUCCGCCGUCUGGCCAUCAGCCCCUUCAGCCUCACCUGGAUGGUGGCCAUGUGGACUGGGUGCAAAGUGGACAAAGCUACCUCUGCCGUGGAACUCGUCUUCUCUGUCCCCCGCCUGCCCCAGCCUCUGGAUAUCUCAUAUGCCAUCCACCCAGAGGAUGCUAAAGCCCUGUGGGACACCAUCCAAAAAACUCCGGGGGAGAUCACUCAGGAAGAAGUGGAUGUCUUCAUGGACUGCCUUUACUCCCACUUCCACAGGCACUUUAAGAUCCACCUGUCAGCCACAAAACUGGUGAAGGUUUCUACAGCGAUUGCCUCGGCACACUGUGAUGGGAUUGUUAAGAUGCUACACAGCCAAUAUCUCUCUGGAGUGCUGAUGCUACUGACAGAACUUGCAAUCUCUCAGAUACAGUGAGAGCCAUUUCAGCGACUCUUCAUGCUACAAAGGCUUCCUGUCGAACGAUGUAUGCUGGGAAACCAACAGGAAACUCACUCCUGCAGCAUCUUCUUUCCCCUCAUGUUGGUUGUCCAAAGCUGGACUGUACCUCCUGCACUUGGCUCCAUAACAAGCUGUAACUCCAUGCCAUGCACAGCCAAGACAAGCAGACGUUUUUCCCUGAAGAAGGGCUGCAGUACAAACUUGUAAUAGUUCCUGAGCACCUUUGUUUUAUCAGAGUCACUCUGUUCAUUUAUGUUUAGGAGACAAACUCUGCAAAUUCUUGAUGCAACUUACUGACAGGUGUUUCUGUUGUUUCAAAGGGCAAGUUGGUUUUCUCUUACCUAGACAGCCAAAGCUACACAGACCUUAGCCUUAGCUAAACUGUGAUUACUCUUGGGCUAGUCUAAAUGCAAAGUUCAGCACACCUGGAAAAGGGUGAAUGCUCUCCAAUCCAGGACAGAAAAAUCCAGGUUUCUAGCUCCCUUUGUAGGCCACUUGGCCAUAGUAAUAGCAUUCAUAUACAUUCCAGUUGUCUAAGACUAACAGCUGCCUUGUGUCCAGCCUGUUGGUCCUCUCAGAUGAAUUAAUACAUAGGAAAGUGAGGUCUGUAGAUAGGCUUUGCAUGGUGUUUGUAUCUUGGAUGUGAUCCUGUAGGCCAGAGAGCUCUCAGGGUUAGAGUUGUGUGCUAAAAUUUUAUAUUGGAUCUCUCUCUUCCAGAGCAGGUAAGAGUUCACAGGACUAGUGCACAGUGCCUAGCUAGAGAUUAAAGGGGCAGAAAGGAAGCAGUACCUGCUAAGUCUUAGGAUUUUUGUAAUAUAGUACUAAAGAAAUAAAAUAUUUUCCAUCUUUUGCACAUAGACUGGUCUUAAGGAAAGACCACCUAUGCCUAAUUAAAUAUAUCCUUGCAUGGUGCUUAUUUCCAACUAUAGCUUACCUGACUAAACCACCACUUGUUACCUAUUAAAUAAUUUUGUGAGCAGCAAAAUUUCAAGUCUAGUUUCUUGCUUCACACUUGUGCAGCAUCUCCAGGCGCUGAUGAUUUGUGCUGUGACCUUCUCCCUAAAUAGGGGUGCAAGUUUCCUUUCUUUUCCCAGUGUAAAACUGCCUCACAUGACAUAACUGCAUGCCUAGUUCCUAACCUAUUUCCAGAAUUAGACAAAGAAACAUGCACUUGUUUUUAGAUUCUUUACUAAAGGAAGAUGGAUUAUUUUUUGCAUGUCAAGGCUGCAGCCUGUGGUAACUCUUACCCUGGUCGAAGCAGCUAAAUGAUCUUCUGAAGAUCUUGACAGCUCAGCAGCUGCUUAAACUAUCACUUCUGGUGCUUUAGUUUCGUUCUUAUGAAAUAUCUUAGACAAAGUUUGCUAUCUGGAGUCAGAAGAGCACUGGACAAAGGAGUACAAGGUGUCACAAUAACUGGCACCUGUAUCUGAUUUGAAAACGGAACUGUUACACCCAGGGUUUAGUUUUAAAUCUAAUGCUCAGCUCUUUCCAGUGAAUUUGGAUAAAAAAGCUCUAAAACCCCUAAAUUGUCUAUAGCC